AUCGGGUAGGGCCUGCAUCCAUGGCCUAGCUACUCAGACUCCGAUGGAAUGUGAAUGAAUCUACUUGAUUGUGACUGACAUCGGAACAUUUAAAGCGCACAUCUUUGGCCCUCGCACGCUUUUUGCAAAACCAAGCUCAUACACCCCGCAGCGCAAGACGUUCGUUCAUCCACGCUCCAAGGCUUUCAACUUCACACUCCUCAUACAUUCUUUCCACCAGCAUCCGGUCUGCAAUCGAACAGUUUUCUUUGGCUCACGACUUCUCUCAAGGAGACUCGAGACGCACGAUUACAAUGGGAGACGUCGCCGCAGCAGAUAUUGGUGGAGGUUGCGUGAGUUGCAGCUCGCAAACGCGGGAAAAGGCGGAGCGAAUUCGAAGAGUGCGGGUGGACAGGCUGCUCACGCGAGCGUAGCCCACCUCCUCCCGCUUCGACUCAUGGCGCACAGUGCGCAAUCAUCUGCAGCAGCAUUUACUACUGGUUCAGUCUGCGUAAGUCAUCCAACCGCUUCGCUUCAUUCCGAACGAUUGAGCAACGCAGAAGAACUUCUGGCCGAUGGAGAGAGAGAGAGAGGAAGAGCGCGCGCUCACACUCUUGCAAUCUUCUAUUCAGACGCUUGCGGAGCGAAUUGCACGGCGUGCGAUGCGUGCUGUCGCUGCAAUUGCUGCUGGGAUGCGGGAGAGUACGAUAGGGAAGAUCAAGAAGCGGGUCGGGUGCGAAGAGAUGUGGCCGGUCGCAAAGGCACAAAGGAUUCGGAACAGUUGCCAGCUUACAAGGCGCAGGAACCCAUGUCCGUUGUCAAGCCGGCCGACGAACAGAAUGCUGAAGCUGCCAGCGUGGUGAAGCAAGCGACGAGCUGCAAUAUUGCCCCAACUCAGACUGCUGAGACGGAUGUUUCUCCUGCGGCGCCGACACAACAAUCAUAGGUUCCUUUAUACACAAGCUCGACCUGAUCACCUGCUUCAGGCCAGCCUUGUACAUACGCAACGAUUCCCAAUCUUUCCCCGACCAGAGACUGCUUGCUAAUGCACUCGACGCGAUGCCAUACUCCA